UUUCCUGGCUUCCGGUCUUGGAGCUCCAUUAGUUCAGUCCGUCUCCUCACGCACACCCACGACCCACUUUGACCAGGCGGCUUCCGUUGUGCCCACAUCUCAUAGGGCGAAACGGGAGCUCCUUUCCAAGUCCAGCUCCGCCUUCCCAAAAGCUUUGGAUCAUCGGCUCCGGAAAGCUCGAAAAAAGGGUUCGGAAGAGGAAGAGCGGGGAUGUCGGGCACCGUCGAUGCGGCGGGGGAGCCGAUCCCGACGUCGGCGGUCCUGAUGGCGGCGUCGAGGCAUAUCGCCGUGCGAUGCCGGGCAGAGAAUAUGGCCUUCAUCAACUGCAAGAAGAAGGACCCCAACCCGGAGAAAUGCCUCGAUAAGGGCCGGGCGGUCACUCGUUGCGUCCUAAAUCUGCUCAAGGAUCUUCAUCAGAGGUGCCCCAAAGAGAUGGAUGCUUAUGCAGGUUGCAUGUAUUACUAUACCAAUGAGUUUGACUUAUGUCGCAAAGAACAACAAGAGUUUGAGAAAGCAUGCCCAAUUUCUGAGUAAUGCUGGAGGUUGUCUCUUGGACUGUGAGGGAUAACUUUAGAAAAACACAAUUCAUGAAUUCCUCGGUUAUGUUUUUCUUUAAUGAGACUGUCUAAUGGCAUCAUAGUACUCUUUUACUGAAUUCGGGUUCUUGAAAUUUUCUAAGGCUUAUGGCCACAUGUUUCUGUGUGGCAUCAGUAUUUGAUCUUUCUUUGCAACAAUAGUUCUGUUGGAAUUAAUCUGCUCUCGGAUUCUUCUGUAUAAGGUGUUAUCAUGCCAAAUAAAAUCAUGUCUUAAGACCUCUUCAA